AUGACGGCAAAGCUCAAAGACUCUGUCACUUUCCUUCCCCUUCAGGACCUUAGAUUUAGAGAAACAGCCACAACUGGCCACACAUGGUUUAUGAGCUCUUUGAACGAUACACACGAGGAAAAUGAAGCAGAACACUUGUAUUUCCCUUCCAAAGCAUCCAAAGGACGGCUUCUUUGCUUUAAGGGACGGGAUACUAAGGAUGGCACAAAGAAUUCAUAUGCUUUGGCAUGGCGAGAAAGUCUUCCCGACUCUGCUAUUCUAUUGGAAGGCUUAACAUUCGUAUCCUACACAUAUUACGACCACCAUAAUCUAUGGCAUGGAUUAUCUGCAGUGGCUCCUUUUGUGAGAUGGUCAAUGAAAAAUAAGUGUUUGAAGCCAGCAAGAUGGGUGUUAUUCCACUGGGGAGAACUGAGAUUAAGAAUGGGGUCAUGGGUUCAACAACUUAUGCAAGCUAAUUUCGGUAAAGUUAAGGUGGAAGGAUUUGAUAGAGAUGUACCUUACUGUUUUGAGAAAGCCGUUGUCAUGAGGCAUGAGACAAGUCAAAUGGGGCAGGAGAAUAAGCUGAAGGUAUUCGACUUGUUGCGCUGCAAGGCUAGGAGUUACUGUGGCAUUAAUCCUGCAGAGGUUCACGCUCGUUCAAGAAUGCACCUGCUGUAA